CGCGUAUGCACACCGCAAGGGACCAUAGCUGAAGACUGUUUUCCGGCAAUCGCCAUCAGGGUCUGAUCUAUUGACAGCUUGAUAAGCGCAAUCUGGGACAUGCAUGAGCCAUCAACACACGCUUGCGGUCACGAAACAGCUUGGCAGAUAGAUUGGUUUCUCUCUUUCUAGGGUCUUGAAUCGUCUCUUGUAUACAUCAGUCGAACGACUCAUGGGGUAGUUUUCCGGAGUCGAUUGCCAUGUCUACUACAGUCGAUGUCGAGGCUACGAGCCCACAAGACCGAGCACGUUACGAGAGAAAACGCGAGCACGAGUUCUACAGCUACUAUGAGCCGCUUCGCAUACUCGCCGGACCCGAUGCCAUAUGGACCGACCUCAACUCUUCCGAGACCGACGAGGAACACACACCGACCUCAUCCACGGACAAAGCGUUGACAGCGUUUUGCCAACUCGCUGCUCUACGUUUGAAGGCUAGGCGGGCUAUGAUCUUUUGCUUCGACAGUCAACAUGCAUAUAUCCUUGGCGAAGCCACACAGACCCUGUCGUUCGAGGACGAUGGUAUUCACGACCCCGGAGAUGGCCUUUGGCUAGGUAUGACCAAGAUACCUCGAGGCUCUACCGUCUGCGAGCAUACCGUCAACUUACCGAACAACCUUGGAAAUAAUGCUCAGGACCAAACUGGAGCAAAAAUCCAUAUCGUCAAUGAUCUAUUGGAAGAUGUUCGCUUCUCCAAUCAGCCUUAUGUUGCUGGUGGCAUAAAGGCUCGAUUCUAUGCUGGUGUGCCCAUAACGACAGCUAAGGGCUUCAAUAUCGGUGCUUUUAGUAUUCUGGAUGACAAACCUCGAGACGGACUCGAAACAAAGGAUGUGCGCUUCGUACAAGAGAUGGGUUCCCUGGUUAUGGAGCAUCUGGCUAUGCUGAAGGCGCGAGCAGAACAACGCCGAGGUACACUGAUGGUGAAGGCUCUCAACUCAUUCAUGGAGAAUGAGCCAGGCGUCCGAGAUGAGCGAGCGAGAACACCUCCCACCGCUUCAUCUGAAACCUUAGAGGCUAUCGCGCAAGCCAGCGAACUUGCCAAUGCAGACCUUACGGAGUUGACGGAACACGAUAUGGAGCAAUUGACCCUUCAGCACAAAUUAGAGGACGAAAACGCUCUGCUGACGACUGGUCGUACUUUGAACUCACUCGUUGCUGAAUCCAACAACACGCCGCCAAUACCAUCAGAGACUGUGCGUCCGCCCAUGUCUCGUAGAGACAGUACGAAGUCAAACGCAGGCUUAGCUACAAAGAAAGAGGAGGACCCACUCAAGCUGCGAGAUCAGAUCGCAAGCAACGCAAUGCAAUCCGCCGCGGACUUCAUUCGCACUGCAGUAGGCGCGGACGGUGUUCUGUUCCUGGAUGCUUCCAUGUCGAAUUUUGGUGAACUAGCAGAUGAGGCCAUCGAUGUUGCGAAACCAGGACGUGAGCCGGAUCUUUUCACAAGCGAUACAGAAGGCGCUGGUAGUGCUACAGAUACACUGGACAAACCAAAUAACCAGGAAGACGUUUCAAAGCCUUGCUCGGUCUUCGGGGCUUCUUACGGGCUGGUACCUGCCAGCUUCACCCCGCCCCAUGCAGAGGUUCCCAAGAAACUAUUACAAUCUCUGCUGAGAUGUCAUAAACACGGAAAGGUCUUUCUGUAUGGGGCAGAGGGCGAUUACACGUCCGAUACGCAUACAUCCGACGGCAGUGGUUUCGUCGACACCCAAGUCUUCUCCAUGACCCCUAUCAACGUUCGUGGAAAUAAGGAUUCCUUCCAGAGACGGAAGCGCUCAACCAGGUCUGCGCUGGGCAGAAAAUUAGGGGCAUUGUUCCCCGAAGCGAGGAGUUUGAUGCUGCUUGGACUUUGGAAUAUGUCGAGAGAUCGGUGGGACGCCGGCUGUAUUGUCUACUCAAACUCUCCCAUCCGAGUAUUCUCUCUCGAGUCCGAAAUGUGCUAUCUGAAGGCAUUCUGCGAUGUCAUCACGGCAAAGAUUGGAAGACUAGACAUGGAGAUGUCACACAAAGUCAAAUCCGACUUCUUAUCAAGCAUCAGCCAUGAGCUUCGCAGUCCGCUCCACGGCAUUCUUGGAACAGCUGAGUUUGUUUCUGAUAUGAUUCACGACCAUGAGGCCUCAGAUAUGAUUGGUCAGAUUCAAGUGUGCGGGCAGACAUUACUUGAUGUUGUGGACCAUCUCCUCGAUUUUUCUAAGGUCAACUCGGUUUCCAAACACAACAGGAAACAGCUACAGACUAGCGUUGAUCAAAGGAACCGUAAUCGCUCUGCCGGUCUCAGCAGGACUGAAACGCUCGGUGGCAUGGUCGUGGAAAAAACGAACGUCUUGCUUGAUGAACUGACGGAGGAGGUCAUUGACACUGCAGUCUACUCGUUCUGCUGCUCCAAAGACGGACAGACACUCAACCAACGCAAAGUCACAGUGAUCACCGACAUUGACCCCAGUGCUUUGUCUUUGAAUUGCAGCAUUGCGGUAGGGGCCUGGAAACGAUUGUGCAUCAAUAUCAUAAACAACGCUCUCAAGUACACUGAGAGAGGUUAUAUUGUCGCGGCCUUGAAGCUGAUACCGCCAACGGAAAGGCAGAGGCGUUCACGUGUGCGCCUGACAAUCACGGACAGCGGCAAAGGUAUCUCGAAGGAGUUCUUGACAAGUCAACUUUUCCGUGCGUUUGCUCAAGAAGACGAUCUUUCGGAGGGCACUGGCUUAGGUAUGUCGAUGGUCGCUAAGAUUGUCAAGAAUCUUGGAGGACACAUCGACGUCCAGAGUAAAAAGGAUGUUGGCACGACCGUUGCAGUCACUAUGCCCCUCGACGUCAGGGGAGCUGGAGACGCUCAGCGUAUUCACAGCCGAACUCUAUCCUCUGGACCAAACAUGAUUUCCAUGCAAUGUCUGGGCUUUGCCCCUACUGAGCAAUAUCGAGAGAAGACGAUCAUGGCCGGUCGUGAUUUCCAAAUAGAGACCUUACGGAAAACAUGUCGACAGCUCAACGUCAUGUUAUCACCCUCGAGCUGGUCCUCGCCGAGCUCCUUCGAUCUAGCGAUGGUCAUAGAAGAAGAUGUUCCGGAGCUUCUGAGACUGCUACAACCAUCCUUGAUAAGAACACCGCACGCUGGUACCGAUAUGACACAACAACUACGGACGAAACCUCUUUUGGUCAUUUGCAGAAAUUGCCGGUCACGCCGCGAUCUGAAGGAGUCUGCACUGAAUCAGCUGGUGCACGGUCACAUCGAAUACGUGGCACAACCUUGUGGUCCACGCAAGCUCGCUGCCGCCAUCAGAAGGUGUCUCAGUGACACGCCUCAAGACGACCAAUGGUCAGAGAACACUCCGACGCCUCCAGGUACGUCGUUACAGAAGCCAUCCGACCCCGGAUAUCCCUUCCCAACUAGACGUCAAUCCGAAGACCCCAAUAUGACAACGCCGCGACCCAACGAUCAAAAGUUUUUCAAGGAAGAGGCUCAGGACGACAAACCUCCGGCGCUACCUAAAGACUCACCAAUAGCGGGUUUCGAGCAGCAGACGACUGUGACGACUGUCACGACGAAAACGACGCAGGUCAAGACUACAACAGGAACCAACGUUGAUCCGUCCAAACCGACGCUACUGCUCGUAGAUGACAAUGCCGUAAAUCUCCGUCUAAUCACAGCCUAUGCCAAAAAGCAUGGCCACGCCAAACUCACAGCAACAAAUGGUCUCGAAGCUUUCGAAGCCUACAAAGCAGCAGCUCUAGGCAACGCUCCCACAACGCCCAAACCAGAAGUCGUACUCAUGGAUAUCUCCAUGCCAGUCAUGGAUGGCUUUGAAGCCACACGCCAGAUCCGCGCUUUUGAACGCAGUCAAGAUGUCACACCUGCGACCAUCAUUGCAUUGACAGGCUUGGGGAGCGCGGAAGCUCAAGAAGAAGCGUUUGUCUCUGGGAUUGAUUUGUUCUUGACUAAACCUAUCAAAUUGGAUAGACUCACCAAGAGUUUGAAUGAGAUUAGGGAGGGGAAUCUACAGGGGGGCUUAGAGGGUUGAGACAGUGGUGGGUUUGGUUUAGGUAGAACAGGGGAACGAUUGGAUGAAAUUGAAUCGAGGCUGGAUCCUUGUCAUUAAGCAACACUCACUUUUGCCUCUUUGUCCUAACUCUCUCCAUUCUACGACGAUUCAGAACAACGUAGAGAUGUGAGAGACUUUGUUAUCCUGCAGUAACAGCUUCUUGCAGGGUGAGGUGCCGGUAUAUAUCACGGAG